AUAGAUCCCUACAGAUACGUGCGAUACAAGAUAAUAUGAAGCUAUUCCAAACACUCGCCUUCGUUGCUUUGGCAACCUUCGCCAUUGCCGAUGUGCAACUGGAGAAUUCAGCAAUCAGAGACGAUGUCGCGGUGGAGCCGCCACUCGAUUUGAAAAACAUGAAUACUAUGGACUUGGUGAAUAAAGCAAUCGACGAAAGUGAAGAUUCGGUGUCGUACUUGAUGAAGUUGGGUCCCGUGAAAGAGUUAACGACGGCUGGGUGUCUGAUACCGUUGAUGCCCCUGGGCAUGAAGGUCCCCCUUUUCACACAAUGCCUGUCACGCGUGAAUGAAAAGCAAGGGUUUGCGCUGGAUGAAUGUCAGAAAGAAAUCUAUGAGAUUCUAGAGGCAUUCCAAGUGUUCUACGACAAGAAUGAGCGCAAAUGUGGCAAAAUCGUACAGACUUGGUUCAAGAAGACUAUCAUAGACGUGGAUCUCGACAACAUCAUGGACCAUCUCGCUAGAGAGCUCUUCACCUGCAAAGGGGAAGACAAGUCUGCUUGUCACGAGAAGACCAAAUCAGUUUUUGCGCGGAUUCUAGCGACUGUGUGGCAAGACAUCAGCUUCCUGAAGGACGAGGGAAUGAGUGUUGUGCAACCGCUCAUGUCUCUGCUGCCACGUGUGCAGACCUUUGCCGUGUGCAUGAACGACCAACCGCUGAUCAUCGACGAACUCGAUGCGUCGCAGAAAGACCGCUACCUGCGAGCGGGUGCACAGAUCAACAGCAUUCUGAAGGAACUCGACAGCUUUAGUGGCGCGCUAGUCUACCUCGGCAUGGGUGACAUGGCGCAAAAGCUCUUCAACAUUCCAUUCGAGGAUCUAAAUGAUGUGCGAAAGUGCAAAGAGGAUGGAAAGGUGAUGCUGGAGAGAGUGGGAGACACCAUAAAAAAUGAGCAGACCAAGGACUUCCUAGCGUUGAUCCUCAAAACAGUGCCUGUCUUGAGUUUAGCUGGGUUCAAGAGCCUUAUUAAUGAGGUACCCACAAUGGUUGCUGACAUCACCGACGUAACCGAUGCUCUAUUCUUCAAUUGGGAAAGCAAAACUGAGCUUUUGUCAAUCAUGGACGAUUUUGGCACAAAGCUAAUUGGGUUGGCUAAAAUGAUGCAGCCUGGAUUCAUGAUCAAGGAGGGUUGUGACGGCGAGAUCGUAAUUGUGAACGGUGAGCGAAAUUGCGUACGGGAUGAAUCCGAGCUGCAGUAGACUUCAUCGCUGUAGAGUUAAUUUGUAUGUUAAGAAUGUAUUUUUGGGGGAAUUGAUGCGCUAUUCAAUUCCCUUGAAAUCUCACUGCCGGUAGUAGACUGAGGGCAAGCUGCUAUAUGAUCUCCAUGGAGUCCUCUGGUGCACGAGGUUCACAUGCAUCCAUGUAUGUGAUAUGGACAUACUCUGGUCUGCGGUUUUAAGUUCAAACACAUCAAAUAUCGUCAGAGCUUGAUGGGUGAAUUAAGCAGGCGUUGGAAUUUACACGACGCCUACCCAUAACAAUCGAAUGCCUUGGAAGAGCACCGCCACCACACAAUCAACUGAGUACAAUCGUAAGCGGAAACUGACUCACAGUAGACGACGCUCUAUUCCUUAACAAUAAACAAUUGAUCAAUACAGAACUUGAGCUAGUUUGCUGAUACAUUGUAUAUUUUCUGUGCUGAUGCGCCUGUGGACAUAAUACUUC